CGAAAUGAGCCGGGGGAGUCGCUCUGUCACGGAGAAAGUGGCUGGUCUGCGACUCGCGUAGUGUGACGCGCUUCUCUGUUUCGGUUUUGGCCGCCAAGGGAUGGCGUCCCGAACGCCGCGGCUCUGCAGAGGUUCCGGGUCAUGAAAGGCCGACACCCGGCAGGGAGCUCAGCACCUGCCGCUGCACGGGAACUGUUUGGCACGGCGAGACUCCGCCUAGCUUACUGCUAUGGACAGUGCAAUCACAUUGUGGCAGUUCCUUUUGCAACUCCUCCAAGAGCCUCGGAACAAGGAAAUUAUCUGCUGGACCUCUGGUGAUGGAGAAUUCAAACUUCUGCAGGCAGAAGAGGUAGCCCGCCUCUGGGGGAUUCGGAAGAACAAGCCUAGCAUGAACUAUGACAAACUCAGCCGGGCACUUAGAUACUAUUAUGUGAAGAAUAUCAUCAAGAAAGUUAAUGGUCAGAAGUUUGUUUACAAAUUUGUGUCUUAUCCAGAGAUUCUCAACAUGGAUCCAUUAGCAGUUGGCAGGACUGAGGGUGAUGCAGACUUGCAGGCUGGCUUGAUAGAUGCCAGUAAUGGUACAAAGGACACAGAGAACUGUGGAAAGGAGAAGGCUCAGUCCUGUGCAAAGUCCUCUGGCCGCAACGAUUAUAUCCACUCAGGACUAUAUUCAUCAUUUACGUUGAACUCUCUGAAUUCCUCCUCUUGUGUAAAACUCUUUAAACCGAUCAAAAUGGAGAACCCCAUAGAGAAACUGGCAGAGAAAAAAACUCAGGAUCCAACACCCUCAGUCAUAAAAUUUGUGACUGUGUCCUCCAAAAAGCCUGCAGUCUCUCCCCUUGCUUCUACUACUCAACUGACUUCUACCACAUCAGCAGCUUCUCCUCUUCCUUCAAGUUCAGAUGAAACUCUCCAAGCCCUGGAGUCUUUAGUGACACCCAAAGUAGCUCCAGCUGAGACUUCAGCACCCUUGUCAAACUUAACUGCCAACAUCACAUCUACAUCGCUUUCAUCCUCCAGUUCUCCAUCUCUGCAGGCUCCCCCUAGGUCACCUUUGCCAUCUUUAAGUUCCAAUUCUGAUCUGAUUAUAGAUACAGAGAUAGAAUCGGUGACUUGCAAGCAGCCAGAACAUUCUCUGAUUCGAGCUCUGGAAUCCAAAGGACAGAGUUCAUCAGUGCAGGAGAAAGAGUUCUGUCAUAGCCGAAUGAGAAAGCCCAAAGGGCUGGAAAUAGCUCCCACUCUGGUCAUUACUGGCAGUGACCCAAGUCCACUGGGGAUACUAAGCCCUUCUCUCCCAACUGCUUCUCUUACACCAGCACUUUUUUCACAGACACCUAUUUUGCUGACCCCAAGCCCCUUGCUGUCCAGUAUCCAUUUCUGGAGCACCCUCAGCCCAGUUGCUCCCCUCAGCCCAGCAAGAUUGCAAGGUGCUAACACCCUUUUCCAGUUUCCAUCGGUGCUGAACACUCAUGGACCGUUUACUGUGUCAGGAAUGGAUGGGCCCUCUACUCCUGGGCCUUUCUCACCAGAUUUGCAGAAGACAUAGUGAAACCAGGCCAGUUUAUGCAGGAAAAAGAACUUGAAGCUUCUUGCAGGAAUCCAAGGUCUCGAUCAAAAGUGAUGCAGUCAUCUUUAAGGAGUGCGUUCAGUUCCACUGAGCUGAUUUGAUUUUUACUACUCCCUGAACAAAUGCCUUUGCAAAAGUUUCCUUCAAGAGGUGAGGGAAUUCAUGUCAAAACGCCUUAAUUGGAGUCUUAUCUCUGCCAUCUUUUACUCUCCUCUGGUUAUUUUAGCUUAUUGCAGAAGUGCACACAACUGAAGCAGUUACAUGGGCUCUAAAGGAUCUUGACUGGAGGUAAGCGGUUCAUCCUGUCAUAUCGCUUGGAUCCAUUAUGGCCCAGUACUGCUUGCUAAAGGGGAAAUGGGUGGAACAGAGUGCCAGCUGGCUUCCCAGAGAACAGCUGACCCCUCACCCCAGGGGAGGGGAACUUUGUAACUGUAUCCCGUGGUAACAAAGCAUUAAGCAGUUCCUACGGAGUGGGUUGGAAUGCUGCUGUGUGGAUACCUCCCCCCCAUCAGCCUCAGAAGAAAGAAUGGUGGAAUGCGCAACAUGGCUCCCCCAGGCUACAUGUGUUGUUCACCUGUGGCUUAGUGAGACUUUGGCUUGGCGAAAGGGAGUGUUUCUUUCGAAUCAGGAGUUGAAUCUGUGUUGCUUGCAGCAGACAAAACCUUCCCUUUGGCUGGUCAUUGACUGUUUGAUUUGAAAAUCUUAAUCUUCUUUGGAAGCUGGCAUUCCAAGAUAGUUUUGGGAAAUAGUGUCUGUUUUAAAUGGUCUUGCUUUUACGAUUGACGAUGUGUAUUAAUACUACAAGAAUAUAGUUCCUGGGAUGGAGACAUUUAUGGUGGUAUAGGAGAGAAUCAGACAAUCUUUUCAGGGUGGUACAUAUAGGUAAAUAAUAUCUAGUGUUGUGUGCUAUAACAAAAGAUUUGGUCAUCUCCCAAGAACUAUACAUGAUUCAGUGAGCUGGAACAGUAAAUCUUUGCGUAGACCAUGGAACAAAUUUCUUUAGUAUUCUAAAAAUAUUUGAUAGCACUUGGCAGGCAAUAAUACUCCUCUCUGAUAUUUAGCAGAGCCACUCUGACCUUAAAUAAAUCCUAGUAGCUGAAGAUCCCUGUCGUGGGUGCUUUGCGGCCAUGGAGGAAUGAGCCCAAAUUUUUCAGGCAUUAUGUAGCAUCGCCUGGCUUUUUGAGAAUAUUGUAUGUGGACCUGACAUCAGGGAAAUGAGCACUUGUGCUUUGUUCCCCUCCACCCCACCAGCAAGUAAGGUACCCACUGGGGAGGAUUUUGUUCUUCUGGCUCUUGAUAACAGUAGACUAGCAAAGGUCUCUUUGAAUCAAAGAGAGAUCUGGGCUGCAGUCUGGGGCAUAUAAAACUCCUAAAACUAAAAAUAACAUGAAGUUAUUGGGAGAGUUUCUUGUUACAUGAGAAGGAUGUGGGUGGAAGGUUGACAUGAGCUCUUGAUUGUCAGGUGCAGCUUUAAAUAGCCUUAAGACAGCACUUAACUUCACUGAACUGUGGUGGCAGUUCAGACACUCAUGUAAUUGGCAUGUAAAAUUAGUCUGAGUCAAUGCUGGGCAAGUCUUUCUUCCUUAACUAGAAAUGGCAAGCUUGCUUGCGUCUUGUGUGCAUAGGCAGUAGAAGCAGAUGUUCUGGGAACCACUGUAGUUCUGGACACAGCACUUGAAUUCUGGGAACAGCUGCUAUAAUUUUUGAAUUACACCUUAAGUCUUGUAGCUGCAAGUAGAUUUGUUUACCAAUUAAGAUAAACAUCAGAAAAGCAACUUGAUCGUUUUGCUUUUCUUUUUAGCUUUUGAUGGGUAACCCACCUGUCCAGAUAGAACUGUAACAGUCACUUUCAGAUGCAAUUUCAGGUAAGGAGAAGACUCUCCUUCCAGAAACAGUCCUAUUCAAAAGUCUGGUUGGAAGAAAAGAAUGUGUGCUUACGGAUGAAAGCCCAAGGCAGACAUGGCCUGCACAGGCGUUGCCAGGGGCACAUUGCUGAUUCCUUUUCCAGCUGUCCAACCAUUAUUUAAUGGUUUUAAAGGCCCAUUCCAGUUGUGCCUAAAUUGAACGUGCAGUGUUUCAAUUGCUUUUUGAUGUAACUGUCCAUAAAAAUAGCUGUCAGUAGUAAAUGAAAAGAAGUUUUUUUCGUUCUUGAGUUGGCAUCUGGCUCAAAUGCAACAUCGAAGGCAGGGAAACAAAUGGUGCAGAGGGAAACAAAUUCUUUAAUAUUUUUUGCAACCCCUAUGCAUUUUGUGUUCAGCUUCUUCAGGAGAAAUCUUUCAGAUUCUUUUUUAGUAAUGUCCUCAUGUAUGCAUUAAGGCAAAAGACAUCUUUUCACAACUCUCUAGACUGGCUGCUUUUGACAUGUGUAUCAGGUCACAGAUUUUAAACCAAGUAUGUUACUUUAAAAUUCUUCCUUGAGCACUAGAAGCAAUUAAAUUGUUUUUACAGGUUUUUGCUUCACUUUUCUUCCACCAGUGAGGAAAAUCUUGGUUAUAUUUAUUCAAAUAUUGUUCUUAUGCCAUAUGUGAAACAUCUGCAUAGUAUUUUUAGAUAAUACAUGUGAUUUUUUUUAAGCUUGUGAUGUUCCAACUGAUGGGCUGUGGAUUCUUAAAACCUUUUGUCGUUGAUGAGGAAAUCAGAACCAUUUUCUCUUUCCCAAUUUUCAGUACUUUUCUUUAGGUCUUCACUCAGUUUUAAUAAUUGCUUUUGGAUUUUUGAUCUCUCCCUUUAAUCUUUGAGCAAGGUACCCCCUCUGUUCAGAAGUCUGCUGACACCGUAUUUUAAAUGGAUAAAAGCUUGCUUUAAAAAACAAUUUAAAAUAUUUUACAGAGAUUCAAGCUUUUGCUCAACUGGGGCCCUUUCUGCACGGACCAAUUAAACCAGGAUAAACCCAGUAAAAAACCCAGGGGUGUGUGUGUGUGUGGGGGGGGUUUUCCCAAGGAUUUUGAUCGUAAUGUGGAUCCGCUCCGUGUUUUCCCCCCAACCUGGGUUUUUCAAGAAUCGCACAUGAGCCACGUUAAAACAAGAGAAUUGCACAUCACAUGAUUCUUGAAACCUCCUUCCCCAACUCCCAUCUGCAGCUGUGCGAAGGGGUGGGGCGAGGGUGGGUUCAUGUAACCCGCCUUUCCCCCGCUUUUAUUGGCCUGCCCGGAAAAGGCCUGGGCUAGUCAGGAAUCUAUGGACCUUUCCCCACUUACCUUAAGCCCCGCGCUACUCUCCUCAAGUAGCGCAGGGUCCCCCUGCACUCCCCAUGACAGGGGCGGCGACAGCGCAUCCCUGGCGCUGGAGAAAAUGGCGCCUUUUGAUGACGUGGGGACGCCCGGGCGCGCGCCAGGGAUGAGAGCAGCGCGCGGCAUAGGGGGGAAUCCUUCUGAGUGGGGAAACGCCCUAUGCUAUCCUUCCUAGCUUCUGUCCUGCUCUCUGAAUCAGAACAUGUAAUUUUCUGUAUGUCUCUUUCUCUGUAUGUAAUGUCUGUUCUCAGUGAGAAGAUCAUGUCCCACUAUCCUCCAGAUGGGUGACCGGGAGUAGAAAGGUGGGGAGAAGAAUAGGAAAUGGUUGCAACUUGAAACUCUGCCUUUAAGAGGACAGAGGAUGGGAAGGGAAGGUUCUUGUGGGCUGACCUUAAAUCCAGCCUUGAUCCAAAGAGAAGAGUAGGUGCCAGACUCGUAUCCCUUCUUCAGGAUGGCAGUUCCCUGCAUCCCGGAAAGGCAUCUCACACAGAGUGGUUGAGCUAUGUGGCUCCUGUGUACCUUUGAACCCCAGCCUCUUUGCUUUCCUUGAUGAAGAUGUACUGCAAAAUGAAAAUGCAACCAGUGGUUUGUUGCUCUGGAAUUCCCUCUUUGGUGGAAAGUGUUUUCCUUUAGGAAGGUUUUCUGUGACAAGCUGCAUAGCAAGCAAAAGACUGAGGAGCAAAGAUACAUGCUGUAGCCCUGUGUACUCUGGGAUCCUGCAUAUCCUGAGCAAGAGAGGUGGGUGAGAAAAGCUUGCUAUGGCUGCAGAGUGUUCUGUGGAAUAAUUGGGAUGCAUUUGCUCUGUCUGUCUACUGAGUCUUUCCCCAGAAAUGACUGUCAAGUUGGAUCUCUGCCCUUUCUCUCAGUUUCAGUGCUGCAGCUUCUUAGAGGCUAUUAUGAAUAUAGAUUAUUCUGUGUCUGUGUUUCAAUCAAACCCAGGGAUCAACAGAUCUCAUUCACUUGUAUACAUAUUCCUUUCAGUACAUUACCUUUUAUAAACAACAAUCACUUUUUUAUAUGAAAGUAUUUCUGAAGCGCUUGGCUCCCUGUGUUCUAAGUUAAGCUCCUGAUUUAACUUAAGGGGUCAGUUCUAUGCUUGUGCAUAGGGUUGGUUGUAUUUUUUUAAUUUUAAUUCAUUUAGACUCUGCUUUUCUCCUCAAUGAGGACCCAAAGUGGCUUACAAAAUUCUCCAUUUUGUCCUCACACCAACUCUGUGGUAAAUUAGGCUGAGAAUCUGUGCGUAACCUGAGGUCACUCAUCAAGUUGGGAAUUUGAGCUUGACUGGCUAAAAUAAUAAUCUGAUGUCCUUGUAUGAAUUGGUGUCUAAUUGUUCUUUACCUCAUAAUUCAGCUUGGACAAUCUGUGGGAUAUCCAAAUCAUUUAUCAGUUUGGGUUAUAGUUUUAUUAUUUUAUUUCAUUUUUGUAUGUUAAUAUUGUUCACCUGUUGUAUCAAAAUAUGAUAUCUUGGUUGGUGUCAGCAGAGUCCCUGAAUGGGGAGAGAAUUUUAAUGUAGACUUGACAGUAAAUUGUCAUUGUUGACACCAUUGUAUUAGUACUACCCUUGCUAGGUUUGAGUCAGGGCAAAUACUAUUAAAAUAAUGAAAUUCUGUGUUUAGGGCAAAUCAUGUAAACAAGGAAAAUCUAGCAGGUUUGCUCCAGGUUGGUGCUUCUUUGAGGUUUUGGCCUGGGAACCAGAGAGAGGAGAGAUUUGCAGUUCUGUUCUGUGAAUACUCAGAAGUUGUAACUGUUUUCAGUGUGGUGUAUUUCCAAAUAAGCUUAUGUAAUAUGGCAGCUGCUGAAGGGCAAAAAAAUGCUGAUCCUUUUAAAAAGGGUAUUGAUCUUGCCACAGAUGUCACAGAUCUCUCUCUCGUUCUCUCAUGGUCAUUCAAAAGGGAGAAUGUAGAUUCCUACUGUCUUGUGACCAAGAUGUUUGUAUUCUUGAUUCUUCCCUUUUUCUUUUGGCCGUCAUUUUCCUCUAUUGGACUCAUUCAGGACUAAGUAUAUAUGUCUGACUGUUUCAGAGGCUCUUUCCUUAAAUCAUCGUCUCUUGGAGUGAAGUAACUUGAGUGUGCAAGGUGCAUUCCCUUGGUUGUUAUCUUUGGUUCCUCAUUUAAACUGCAUGGAUAUUCUUUUUUUGGCUGCUGAUGGCCACAAAGCAAGAGUCCCUAAUUGUCCAGGCGGAAAUUUUGGUUGCUUGGCACAUGAUUAACUUUUAAGUAGUGUGAAGGAGAAGCACAGGCAAUUACCGAAUCCAACCUGCAAUGGACUUUUUAACUGAUCUUUGGUGCUUCUUCUAAAAGAACAAGAAUUCUUUCCACCAACUGUGCUUGUCAUUUCUCUGUCAGUUCUGAUCUCAUUGGAGCUUCCAUUAGUGGUAUUGGUUUCUGUGGGCCAAUUCCUUUCUACUUUUCCAACACUCCCUUCCCAAAGAGGUUCUAGGAGUUUGAAGAGGUAGGCACUGCUGUUACACAUUUCUGAAGAUGGACUGUUCUUGUGCUUGUGGAGGUGCCUUUGCUGGAGAAGUCUGGCCAAGUAACCUUCACAUACUGUGGCAGGAAGAUAUGCUGUGUAAACGUUUGCACUUUAUAGCCCAAGUGAUUCUUUGGUGAGGUUCUCUUCAUCCCAUCCCAUUUAAUGGCACUUAAAUGAGAUUCCGUAAAGCUUGUUUUUCAUCAAAUCGCAUUUCCCCAGAAUGCCUGAGAUGGGGUCUUGUGGCUAGAGUGUGUAAAUGGCCCUCUGUCUUUAGUGGAAUCAUGCAGAUGGAUCUAAAGAUGCUUAGGCUUAGACAGCGAUCUUAUCUGUAGCCGGGGGAGAGGAUGGUGCUUAUUUUUUGUUUUAAAUAGAUCAUCCACCCAUCUCAGACUGCUUUUGAAACUCUCCUCUAGUUUCAAAAGCUGCUUUCCAUAACGGUAUCAGGAUUGAAUUCUGGCACAUGGAACAUGAGUCUUUGGCUGUUGUUUGCUAGUGCAUGCUCCCUCCCCCCCCCCCCCCUUUCAGUUCCACUAAAUCUAAGCUGAAACUAAUCAGUGGUCUAAAGAAAACAAACUAUCAAGGCAAUGCUCUACAGAUACAUAUAACAUAGUUGGGCAUCUGAAUUGAAUUCAUUGUUUUUUUGCAGCUUUUGAAAGUUCUUGCAUUUUGAGGAUGUUUUGUAUAUAUCUGCCAUGUCUCAUUAUGCUGUCUGUACUUCAUUAGACAUCAUUUUAAAACUGUUUGCUGAUAAGUUCUUCUGUUCAUGGACUUGGGCUUAUUGUUUAACACAUAACUAGUCUGCCUCUUUCUGACAAGGGUAACCUAGCUGUCAAAGUAAGGUUGUUUACUUUUCCAAGUCCCAUGAAUAGUAAUUUGGGCAAACAUUUAAUUUUUACAUGUCAGUAAGACAGAUCAAGUCAGACUGAAUUUCUUUGUAAUGGGUGAAUUCCAAAGUGCUGUGUAACCAAGAUGUUUAAGUUCAGAGAUGCUGACAAAGAAGCAAAUACUAAUAGGAAUUUGUUCUUCUAGGACUUUUCACAGGUGAUUAUUGAGCAGUACUCUAAAAGAGCACCAUAUUAAUAACUGGAAGCAUUUCCCUUCAGGCUGUCCUCACCCAUGGGAGGUUUCAGAAUUUGCUUGGUUUGUGUAGUUACUUGGGGUGGGGUCCGAAUAUACAAGUUUGCUACCAGGUCUGCGGAGCCAGGAGGGUUUUCUUUUGCUUGUCUGUUUGGAAACUGUGCUUUAAAGUUGUUGACUUUCAGUCUUGCUGUUCAGUUGCACAGAUUUUUAUCUAUUAGGUAGAAGAUGAGAAAAAUAUAAAUGCUUUGUAAACCUUAUAUGGAAUGUCUCGUUUUUAAAGAAAUUUUGAAAUAUCAUUUGUAUUUUUGCUGCAGUGUUACCAAAUGGCCUUAUGUACGCCACAGUGCUUGUGAUGGAUACAGUAGCAUACUUGAUGCUUUUGUUAGCUAUAUUUGUAUUCAUGUUUAGCAUUCCGUGCAUCUUUUAAGCAAGGGAAUUCUGGGGGUUGUAGGGGAGGGGGAGAACCACAACCAACAUUGUUUGAUCUAAAUAUUGCAAUGCAGGAAAAUUCUCAUAGAAUGGUAGCAACCAACAAACUGUAAGUAAGGGGCAAGUGAAUUGCCUGUUAUUACCCUAAAAUACUAGUAAUGGAUUCUGCCAGAACGUUGACCAACUGACUCUUCUGUUAGCUGACACAGGCACCAUUUAGUUGAAGUCCCUUGGAAGGUGGGGAGCAAUGAGCAGGUUGUACACAAUAUACAUAUAUGACUUAACAGGAUUUCAGUGGAUGGAGCUCUUUGAUCAUUGUUGUUCAGAAAUGAUAUGUCCUCCUAAAUCCCUCUACUCAGUCAGUUGCCUGUUCUGGCAUUGGACUGGUACAGCUGGGGCAAGUCGUGAGUUUGCAACUGUCAUCUUGAUGGGGUGUUGUGUGUUUUCCGGGCUGUAUGGCCGUGUUCUAGUAGCAUUUUCUCCUAACGUUUCGCCUGCAUCUGUGACUGGUAUCUUCAGAAUAUCUGAUGGUAGUAAAGCAUGGAUUCUGCUAGAACACAGCCAUACAGCCCAGAUAACACACAACACCCCAGUGAUACUGGCCAUGAAAGCCUUCGACAAUACAUUGUCAUCUUGAUAUUAAUCUAAUAUCCUUAUCAUUGGUCCUCCCUUUUCUUGGAAAGUUUCCUAGGAGAAGUGCCUGCUUUUUCCUAGUGUUGAUUUGAGUUGACUGUUCACCUUCUAUGUAACUGGAGAUGGACUAACUGGUUGGUGCAGGAAAGAGCAAUGGAACUGGCCUUUGCUGGGCCCUUUGACUGAUUCUACUGCAAAGAGCCACUCAUCCAUCAGACUGGCAAAAGGGAAAGAGAAGGCCCCCAGCCCCCUCCCCUCCCUGCAGCUGUAAUUCUCUACCCCUCUUCUCAGGGCUAUUUCACUCACCUUUGCAAAGGAAACAGGGUCAAGCUUAUUCCAUCCUACAUCUUACACCUGGGGGCAAGUACUUGGCUGCUUUGGGUUUGUAGCAUUUGUGCAGUCUGCCAUAUCCAAGGGGAGAAUUUGGAACAUCAUGGGAAAAUGCAUGCAAUUCAUGUGCUUCCUUGUAUACUUGCAAAAAUGGUAUGUGCACUUUCUGAGGAUUUGGCAGUCGGCCUAAUUGGGAUUUCUUAAUGUAUGACAGUAUUUAGCCUACUGCUACAACAGUUGUGAGGUUAGGUGGAGAAAAGUAGCUUCUUGGAAUUUCAUUCCCUUAAAAAACCCCCAUUAAAUUCUGUAUCUUUUAUAUAUCCAGUAUGCUAAUGCCAUUGUGUGAAAAUAAUGCCAGUAGCACUGUUCACAUGUUACAGUGAACACAUGUUCAUCUGUUUGUAAGGAAAGCCAGUGUGCAUUUGCUUCACGAACGAAACCAGGGACCAGGACCUGGAUAAAUGUGGGAUUUAAAUCACAUGUUUAGUUACACCAAUAUCGACUGUAACAGGAAAAUUAAUCAACAGAUGCAUAAGGAAUACCAGGUUUAUGCUGUUCACAGAUUGGAUAUAUGCUCAUUGUAAUUUGUGAACAGGGCUAGUAUGUAAUGCAAUUGUAUAAGUAGCCAAAGUUUUAAGUAUUGCCAAUGUUGUUAAUUCUGUUGGACUGUAAUCACCUCUGGGUAACAUAUUAGGGAGACCUUCAUAAUGUUGUGAUGCUGUUUAGACAGAGAAAUGUGCUUCUUUAGAAAGUUUCAUUUACCAGCGUGUGUCAGAUUUGACCAAGAAUUGUCCAGAGUUAGUCUUAAAGUAUACAUGGGUUGCAUGGUAAUGACAUUUGCUGGAGUGGCUUGCUGUCAGAGGGGGAUGUAUUGGGUGUUUGUUUUAACAUCUAAACAUAAUGAAGGUCUUUCCUGAGAAAUCAGGUGACUUUUUCUAUUGCUUAGUUUUUCUGUGCAAAAAAAAGUUAUAUCAAUCUUUCUUUUUUAAGAGGUUUUUUAAGUGGGGGGAGGGAAUGUUAAACAUGGUAAGAACAGCGGGAUUUGCUUUGCAUAAUAAUGCAAUUGACUUUAAACCUUGUAGCAAAUUAUGUCAAUAAGGAUGUGCAACCAAACUUGCAAAACAAUUGUAUUUUUUUAAAUAAAUAUUUUUAUCAAAA